GGGCGGAGCUAAGCGAAGAUGGCGGCGCUGGUGCUGGUGUCGGCGCUGGCCCCAUUGCUAUGGGGCAGCCAUGGGGCACUGGACCUAUGGGAGAUGGGGGAGAGCAAAUAUGGACUGGAGAUACUGGGAGAGCCGGUGAUGGAGGGGGAGCAUCCCCCAGGGUCAGUGGUGCUGGUGUCAUCCCGGUUCAAGCAGCGCUACCAGUGUCAUGUCCCAGUUAAACCAGUAACGGAGCCGGAACUGGAACCAGUUCAGGUCAAUGGCUCCAGUAUCACCAACCUGCUGGCGCCAAUGGGAACCGGAGCCUGUCUGGUGAUGGCCAAGGACUGGUGGACGUAUGAGCUCUGCUAUGGGAGACACAUCCGACAGUUCCAUAUGGAGGGGUCAGAGGUCAAAGGUGACAUCCUAUAUCUCGGUUAUUACCAUUCGGCCUUUGAUUGGGACAAUGAAACAGCAAAGGUGUUAAGGCACAACCGGCUCCGCAGGUAUCACAGUCAGAACUAUGUCAAUGGGACCCAAUGUGACGUCACCGGAAGGGCAAGAGAGGCGGAAGUCAGGUUCCUGUGUGAUGAGGGUUCCCCUGACCGCCUGUCCCGCGUGGACGAACCCAACACCUGCACCUACAUCCUGACUGUGCUGACAUCGCGGCUGUGCCAACACCCGUCCCUGCGCCCGCCCCAUAGCCCUGACCCACAGCACAUCCGCUGCCAUCCGGCCCUCAGCCCCACACAUUACACCCAGUACAUGGAGACCCAGAGAUCAAAGCCAAGGGAUGAAGGAGACCAGGACAAGGAUGGGGGCAACGAGGACAGGACCAGGGCUCAGGACCCAUCCCCAGUGCCCACCAGUCCCCGCGUUACUGAUCCCAACAGGAGGAUCCAGUUCAAGGUCAUCCGGAGCCUCCAGGACCUCCUGCAGUUCAUGGAGGAGCUCAAGGGCAGCCCAAGGAGGGCCAAGCCGCAGGUGAGUGAGGAUGAGGAGGCCGCGGCCUCACCUCCCCUGCCCCAUAGUGACCCCUCUAUGGGGCACAAGGAGGGGGCAGAGGAGGAAGAGGAGGAUGAGGAUGAAGAGGAACCAAUGGGAGAGCUCAAGGAGGAGGUGAAGACUCAGAUGGAGAAGGAGUUUGACAGCAUCAUCAAUGAGGUGGAGCAGGAGCUGCAGAGCAAGGGGAUGAAGGGAGAGUUCGACCCCUCCGGAGCCUUCGGCCUCACCCGACUCAUGCAGAGACUCCAUAGGGAGGAGGAGGAGGAGGAGGAGGGUGAGGGGAGGAAGAGCAGAUCUGUGGGGCAGGAGCUGACCCAGAGGGAGGAAGGCCCCAUAGACAUCAAUGUGAUGACCUCGGGGGGGGAUGAGGCCGAAGGUCAGUGGCUGUCGGAGGAGGACACCAAGAACCUCAAGGAGAUCUUCAUUAAUGUGCUGCUCAGGGCCCCCCCCGAGGUUCACCUCGAGCGUCGUCGGCUCCGGACCCUACAGGACAAUUAUCGCUUCGUGUGGCCUCCCCCCCCCAUGGACCCCGAGGACCCUGACCUUUGACCCCCGACCCAUAAGUGCUAUGGGGCUGCCCCAUAGCUGUGACCCUUAAAUGCUCUGCUAUGG